AGGGAUCUCCUGCCCUUGGUCCUAAGUGCCACUGUCUGUGCUGAGUUUUUCAAAGAUCAGAGCAGAUUGAACCUCUGUGGUUUCAUUUUCCCUGAUUUUGAUUUUUCUUAUGGGGAACCUGUGUGGCUGCAUUCAAGGUGACUCGAAGAAGCCUUCCAAAAAGCAUGUGAAAAGGGAGCCCUCCUCUACUACCAAGGUGACUUCAGGGAGCACAUUCAAUGAGAAUAUAAGAAGAUAUGCUGUGCACACCAACCAGUGUUGGAGACCUCAUGGCUCCCGGGUAAAGAAGAAGAGGUACCCACAAGAAGAUGACUUCCAUCAUACAGUCUUCAGCAACCUUGAAAGAUUGGACAAGCUUCAGCCCACUCUUGAAGCCUCUGAGGAGUCUCUAGUUCACAAGGACAGAGGAGAUGGAGAGAGGCCAGUCAACGCGAGGGUGGUGCAGGUGGCCCCUCUGAGGUGUGAAUCUACUCCCCAUGAAGACACCGUACACGACAUCACUAACGAGGACGCCACACACGACAUCGCCAACGAGGACACUGUACAUGACACCGCUAACGAGGCCGCCGACAAGGGCAUCGCCAGCGAGGACGCCGCCCAGGGCAUCGCCAACGAGGCCGCCGCCCAGGGCAUCGUCAGCGAGGACGCCGCCCACGGAGUCGCCAGCGAGGACGCCGCCCACGGAAUCGCCAACGAGGACGCCGUCCAGGGCAUCGCCAACGUGGUCGCCGCCCACGGAAUCGCCAACGAGGACGCCGCCCAGGGCAUCGCCAUCGCUAAUGAGGAUGCCAUAUAUGACAUCGCUAAUGACACCGUACAAGGCAUGCUAACGAAGACAUCGUACAAGCCGUCGCUAACAAGUACACUGUACACAACAUCGCUAAUGAGGGCACUGUACAAGACAUCACCAAUGAGGACGCUUUAUACGACAUUGCUAAUGGCACCGACAAGGCACGCUAACGUGGAUGCUGUACACGACAUUGCUAAUGAGGACACCGUAUAAGACAUCGCUAGUAACUAUCGCAAGAACAAAAAACCAAACACCGCAUAUUCUCACUCAUAGGUGGGAAUUGAACAAUGAGAUCACAUGGACACAGGAAGGGGAAUAUCACACUCUGGGGACUGUUGUGGGGUGGGGGGAGGGGGGAGGGAUAGCAUCGGGAGAUAUACCUAAUGCUAGAUGAUGAGUUAGUGGGUGCAGCGCACCAGCAUGGCACAUGUAUACAUAUGUAACUAACCUGCACAAUGUGCACAUGUACCCUAAAACUUAAAGUAUAUAUAUAAAAAAAAAGACAUCGCUAGUGAGCACGCUGUAUACGACAUCACUAAUGAGGAUGCUAUAUAUGACAUCGCUGAUGAGGACAUUGUAUACGACAUCACUAAUGAGGACACCAUACAAGGCAUCGCUAACAAUGAUGCUGUACACAACAUCACUAAUGAUGACACCGUAUAACACAUCGCUAAUUAUGACGCUGUAUACGACAUCGCUAAUGACACCGUACAAGGCACACUAAUGAGGAUGCUGUACACGACAUCACUAAUGAGGACAGUGUACAAGCCAUCGCUAAUGAGGACACUGUAUAUGACAUCGCUAACGAGGACACUGUACAAGGCAUUGCUAACGAGGACGCUGUACACAUCGCUAAUGAGGACACCAUAUAAGACAUCACCAAUGAGGAUGCUGUAUAUGACAUCACUAAUGACACCCACAAGGCAUGCUAACGAGGACGCUGUAGACGACAUUGCUUAUAAGGACACCGUACAAGACAUCGCUAACGAGGACGCUGUAUACGACAUCGCUAAUGAGGACGUUGUAUAUGACAUCGCUAAUGAGGAUGCUUUACAAGACAUAGCUAAUGAGGUUGCUGUAUAUGAUAUCGCUAAUGAGGACAUUGUAUAUGACAUCGCUAAUGAGGACGCUCUAUACGACAUCACUAAUGAGGAUGCUGUAUACAACAUCGCUAAUGAGGACGCUGUAUAUGGCAUCGCUAAUGAGGAUGCUGUAUACGAAUUCGCUAAUAAGGACGCUGUAUAUGACAUUGCUAAUGAGGACACUAUACAAGACAUCUGUAAAAAAGAAGAUGCUGCCAAUGAGCCAUUGACAUUGGAGAAUGAUACGUACCCUGAAAUAACUCACUUCCUGAGGAAAAAGCGCCAUCUCUAGGAUUUGAUUGUGGAGAGCAUAUCUGAUGAUGGGGAUUUGUAGGACUUUAAAAAGCACUCAUGUUUCCAUCCUCGCUGUUGACUCCUGGCUUAAAGGGAUCUCCAGGGGUGAGUGAGGAGGAGGGAUCGGACCCUGGCAGUCUGACGGCAGCACCUGUGUUCCUCUGCACUGGGCCGUGGAUGACAUUACACACCUUGCUCGCUUAUUGGACAGGAUAGACUGGGAGCCCAGGCCUCAAGGUUGUUGGGGAGGGACAAUCCCAAGGCCUCCCCUGGCCCUGGUGCUGGCUCUGCACAAAGGCAAUAAGAGAGGGAUGCUGGUAAGGGCUGACCUGUUGCUGUGCUGGGGAGGAAGGUGCUGGGCUGAAAUUCAGGAGGCUGAGGAUGCAGCAGUCCCAUAGGAGGUACGUGACCUUCAGGAUACAUUUUCUUCAUUGAUGAUCAAUGGAAAUGAGAAAUCACUGACUAUUUUUUCUAUCAUUGGAAUCUACUCUCUACUGCUCGUGCUGUUCCUGUCUUUUGGGGAAGAUGGAGGAUCAAUCAGUGUGCGCUGCACUGAGUGGAAGGAAGGAGAACUGCGACAAAAAUUAAGGAAGGAUGAGAGACGGGAGGGCCCUUCAUCCAGCUGCUUGCAGAGUCCUCCUGAGGAGGAAAGCCCCGUGGCUCCCUGGCGAAGGAGCAGUGAGGGCUGCGUGACUCCCACAGUGAAGUGUGUGGUAUGUCUGAGGACACCCAGGCUGGUGGUCCAUGAGGAGCCAGUGGCAGAGUGAGAAGCAGAAAGGCCAGGAGGGUGGCUGGAGGCCAGGCUCUGAGUCAUUCUCCAUGUGAUGGAAACAGCCGGAGCCCAGUGGGCUUGGAGGUACAGGAUGCGGUGGCUGAUGACAGAACAAUGUGGAGAGAGGCGUCAUUUGUCAAAUCCUUACUUUGUUCUGGGCAUUGUGCUAAAAAUUCUGAUGGCUCAUCCCAUUUAGGGGCUGAAAGUUGCAGAGGUUUAGGAAGCUCACCCAUGAUACUGGAGCCCCCAUCUCCUGCCCUAGUGCCGUCCACCUUCUCACCCAGCCACCACCUGUUUCAGGGGAACACACAGAAGUGGUAACCUCUUAUGGAGAGGCAAGUAAAUUCUGCUGUUUUUGUUAUUCACAGAAAAACACUGGCUCAUGUGGGUUGGGAAGGUGAAAUACCAGAAGUAUUUCAUCUAGUUAUUUCUACCCAUGCAACUCCUAUAGUAUUGAAAUGCAUAGGUUAGCAUUUUUGGCCAAUUUACUCAGCAUUCUGGGUUAAAGGCUUUUAUUUAUUUAUUUAUUUAUUUUCGAGAUGGAGUUUCGCUCUUGUUGCCCAAGCUGGAGUGCAAUGGUGCGAUCCUGGUUCACUGCAACCUCCGCCUCCCAGGUUCAAACUAUUCUCCUGUCUCAGCCUCCCAAGUAGCUGAGAUUAUAGGCACGUGCCACCACACUGGGCUAAUUUUUUUGUAUUUUUAGUAGAAAUGAGAUUUCACCAUGUUGGUCAGGCUGGUUUCAAAAUCCUGACCUCAGGUGAUCUGCCCUCCUCGGCCUCUUAAAGUGCUGGGAUUACAGGCGUGAGCCACCAUGCCCACCCUAAAGUCUUUUAAAAUUCACUUGUAUAAGUUGACUUAGUUUUCUUUUUUUUUUCUUUUUCUUUUUCUUUUUUUUUUUUUAUUGAUCAUUCUUGGACUUAGUUUUCUUUAACCUUGUAGAAAAAUCAAAAAUGGCAAUCUGUUUUAUCACACAAAUAAUGUCUUUUUAAUGGAGUGAUUUUUUUCUAAUUGAGGUAUUAUGUACUUUUCAUUUACUAAUUAUUGUUUACAUUUGAAGUGUUUUAUGAAUUAAUAUUUAAUUGCAUAGAUGAAGAUUACUAGUUAUAGGCAUUUUAGUAACCAAUACUCAUUAAGCAUAGCGUGGAUUCAUAUGACAUCAAGGAGCUAUUUUAUUUGGUAAAACGAAAAAGCACAAGAAUGAACGAACGCAAGAACUGAAACGGUGGAGACACCUAGAAUGACUUGUCUAAGAUCUAAAUCAUUUUGUUGUCUUCCCAGCGUACUUAUUAUCCUGAUCAUUGUCAUCAGCAUUGUUUGGGUCCUUUUAGCACAGAUUUCUCAAAAUGGGUAACUCCAUAACAGUUGGAAGCUUACGAAUUCAUAUAAUUUGUAAGAGGUCAAUUUGGAAGUACCUAUCUAUUUUAAAAUUCCAAUAACCUGGGAAUUUCAUCCCAUGUCUAGAGUCUUCCAUGUAAAAUAUUUCCACAAUUAGGAGAAAUAUGUGCAUGGGGAUUUUCUAUGUAGCGGUGUUUUGAUAGAAUAGAAAAAUGGGAUAAACCAAAUUUCCAUCACGAAGGAAAUAGUAAUAUGCUGAAUAAUAAUACAGCGAAUAUUAUGCAGGCUUUAAACAUCAAAAAAGAGUUCAACUUCUGACUUCCGAUGAUGGUGUUGAAGCAGGUCACUGCUGGUUUACAUUUGAUUUUCAUGUGGGAACUCUGGAAGUCUGCCUUAGUGAUUUUACAUGUGGCUAAAUUGAGCUAAUGACAAGCUGUUCGAAGUAUGGCAAAAUGGAACUUUAAAACAGUAUCUUGUCAGCAACCAAGUGGACCUGUUUCACGUAAAGCCCAUGCAUUCAUCUGCCUGCCCAUCAUUCUGUCUGUCCAUCAUUCUGUCUGUCCACACGGGCAUCAUUUGUUAGUGGAACUGAGUGCCCACUGUCGAGCUGACAAGCCCAUAACCUCCCUGUUCCUAGUCACACAUUAAUUCUUCAACAAGUUCCUUUUGAUAGAUUGUGAUUAAGCUUAGCUGCUAUUUCCAAUUGCUUCCCCAAACGUACUUCUCACUGUUCUCCCAUCACACCCUUCAGCCCAUCCAUGCGGGGUUCCUUUGCUUUUCCCACCUUACACCAAACUCCCUAUUUUUACUCCCACUUUUACCUCCUCUCCAAGACAAAACAAACAAAACUAGCAUUUUAAAACUUAGUUGUAAUCUUUCUUCCUUCAUGAAAAUUUCUCCAACAGCCACUCCCACGGUCCUGUGUGUUCCGGAUAUUUUAAAAUAAUGGCUAUAAGGUUGAGCACUUCAGGAUAUGCUGUUUUGCUGUGUGCAGAUGGAGGCAGUGGCUGGAGUGAAUGAACGGCAACACUUGCUGGCAACCGGCAGAAGCUGAGAGACAGGGAACAGGCUCUCCUCCAGAGCCUCCAGGAGCCAGGCCUUUGGACACCUUGAAUGUGGGCUUCUGGGAGACCAUGCGUUUCUGUUAUAAGCAGCCCAGUCGCUGGCAGUUUUUACGGCUGCCCCCGAACACUCAUCUAUACCUGUCUGACAAGGUCAAGCUCCAAGGAAGGGAUUCUCUACAUAUCUACAUUGUUUGCAGAUUUUACAAUAAUCAUUUAUUCUUGCAUGGCUGAUCAUUGUUAACCAAUACAAAUAAAAUAAUAAAGAAAUGACCCACAUUUUA